AUGGUUGGCGUUCCAAGAUCUCGAGGAUGCAUCAACUGCAAGAGGAAGAAGAAAGGGUGUGAUCUGGCACAACCGACCUGCGGGCAAUGUGCGAAGCUGAGAAUCGAAUGUACGUAUAAACAACGCGUGUGGACCUUCAUCAACGAGCAAGUCUCGACAGACGAGUUCCAGCCUGCCGUAAAGGUCACGGAACGAACAGCAAUAAUCCUUCAACACCGCUCCUUUUCUCGUACCGCCUUGGAGAUUCAAGUUGUUGAUCAGUUUUGGAAAAUCUACUUACCUCGAGAUGAUCCCAACACGGUCUAUAUCGGUGCCAUCGUUAAGGCACCAUGGAAGCGUGCUGUUCAGGCGAUUUGUCUCCAGGAUCGAUGGGUUCUGAUAGCGUUGCAAGCAUGUGCAUUCAUGAGCCUCGGAAGAUUACAACGGAAUCGACAUUAUGUUCAAUAUGGUCGGCAACUCUACGGUCGUGCACUCCGAGAGACGAACAAUGCAAUCCGAGAUCCGGCCCGCGCACAAAGUGACGGGACUCUCGCCUCGUGUAAACUGCUAGGCAUGUACGAGAGUUUUCGCCUGGAGGAAGACGGCCGCCCUUCGACUCAAGGCAACGAUUGGCGACAACACGUGGAGGGAACGUGCAGGAUCGUCGAACUCAGAGGACCAGAAAUGGCGGCAUCAGACUAUGGUCAUGAUCUCUAUACCGACGCGAGGUUCGCGGCGACUUCGUCUGGGAUUACGCAGAAGAGACCGGCGAAUUUCUUCAGCAGCUCAGCAUGGACGACCGUGCCCUGGACGAAGCAUUCCAAAACGCUGCGAGACGAGCUUUUAGAUCUCAUGGCCGGACUACCAGGGAUCCUGCAUCAGCAAGAAGCUUUGUACGCAGAGGUGUCUAAUGCCACAGACGGUGCAACUAUGACCAAGGUCAUCAAAGAUGGCGUCGAUGUGCUAAAGCAAUGCAUAAGUCUUGGAGCACGGCUACAGACUUGGGAGGAGAAAACCAUGGAUCUGGCCCGUGAGGCUCGCGGGGAGAACGAGAACGAUACCCUGACUCUCUUCCACAUCAGCAAAGACCACGGCUUCGCCUUCUUCCACCUCAUCACCCAAUUCUGGACAGUCUGCCUAAUCCUCCACGGACCAACCUGGCUCACCUACUGGAAACUACUCCACGUCGCCCAGAGCACCACCUUCCCAGCAACAAAAGAUCUCUCCCAAAUCGACAUCCCCUUCUGGAUGAACCCACAACCCUUCGCCUCGAACAUAAGCCACCAAGCCUCGCACUUCUUCAGCGAAGAAGCUGGGCUCUGGGGCUCUUCGACCGCCAGCUUUCCCAUGGGUGCAGCAUUGCAUUACUACGCCGCGACCGGGGGUUUCAAGACUCCUGAAAUGAGAAUGUUGAAGGCCGCGCUGGGGAGUUCUCCGAAAGCUAAUAUGGUGUCGGGGUUUUUGCGGAGCAUGGCGUCGAGCGCGGCGCCGCAGGGAGGUGAUCCGAAGAUUCCUGUGCAGCAUGAGAAGAUGGCGACCUCCUGGUUUGAUUCGACGAGUCGAUGA